AUGGGCAGUAGCGUCCCUCAUGACCUCCAGACCAAGGUCAUCGCUCACCUCAACUCCGUGACCAAGAGUCUCAUGGGUCAGGUCUCCGGAGUGCCUGUGGGGAGCGGGUUGUCCUCCGGCAGCUCUAGCGUCGUCGUGAGCGGGGGCGUUGUCACCCUCACGCCCCCUGCCCCUUCGUCUUCCACUUCCUCCUCCUUGGCCCCUCUCGCGCCGCCCCUCGUCGUCACCACCGUCGCAGACUCGAGCACGACCUUGGCUGGACUCCCGGAGCGGUGUUCGGGCGCGUCGGGCCGAGAUGCCCCUUCCGGCGUCCUAGCGAGUCGGCUCUCAUGGAUGCCACGCCCUCGCAGGGCCCCGUCACUGUGGCCCCCCACGAGCAAGCCCUCGCUCGGGUCCGUUGCCCCGCCCUCCUCGAGCUUUUGCACUUUGGACUCGCCGACAGACUACUCCAGCAUGUCCCUCUCGACUCAGCUGUCGUCGACGCCCUCGUCUUUCGGGGGGCCUCGCCUCGUGACCUUCUCGAGCCGCCCUCACGAGGGGUUUCUAUACAGCGUCUCUGAGGCGUCCUCGGCCCCUUACGAGACGACGUUCCCUCCGAAUCCAUCCGGCCGGGAACAAAGCUCCUCCUUCACCUCCGAAAAGGGAGGCCCGACGUUCUCCUCGGAGGCGUCUCGGGGCGUCUGCGACCACCACGCUGAAGUGAGACUCGUCUCCUCUGAAGCCUCUGGAGAAACGUGUCAGAGACUCGAUCCUUUCCGCCCAUCUCCCAGCGUGAAGAUUUCCGUCAGCUUCUCAGACUCGAGUAAAGUAGAGACUCAGAGAGCGUCUUCAUACCUGAGCCUGUACUCAGACCCAACCACAGCAGCUCAGGUUGUUCGCCCGACGCCCACGCUGCCGGAGGGCGUCGCCUUGUCGAACUCUCGCCCGGACCACGCCCAGGGGACACCUUCGCUUUACACCCUUCGUCCUGAUAGCUCCUGCUCUGUCCAGCCGCCAGCAGUGACGUCCUACAGGUCGUCCUUCGUCACUGCUGUCUCGUCCUCCCUAUCUCCCUCAUCAACUAGUGUCUCAUCAACUCCGAAUGCUUCUUCGACGCCUAUUGUUUCGUCAACUUCCGCUGCUCCGACGAGUCUCAGCACCUCAACGGCUUCUACCGUCCCAUCUAUCCUUUAUGUGUCGUCAACUCCCAGUGUCCUAUCAGGUCCAGGCAUUCCAUCCAGUCCCAGUGUCCCAUCAAAGCCCGGUGUCUCAAUAACUCCCACUGCCCCGGCAAUGCCCUAUCACCCAGCAAAUCACAGUUCCCUUCCGACGUCUACUGUCCAGUCAACCUUCAGCCUUCCACCCUGUGAUCCCAUUCACUCCAUCUUCCCUCACAUCCUCCUCGUCAACCACUCUUCCAUCCACUUCAUGCGCUCCACCAACUCAAGCUUCGGACGCCUAAGCUCUCAACCAAAUGCUGCGACUUCUUCGAGUGAUCCGUCACCUGUCGUCACAGUCCUCCUGACACCCAUUCUCCGGCCCCAUUCACACCCAUUAGCAGUGCACCCAUUACCUGUUCCUCAUCAUCUACCAGUACAAACUGUAUCCAGACUUCAUCCAGAACGCAAGAAGCUUCUAUCUGUACCUUGUCUGUACCCGGUAACCAAUCUCCCGGUGCCUCGUCAUCCUCAUGUCCCUCGAUCUGUCGUGUGGCAAACGCCCACCAUCUCUGAAGAUCGCGCCCACGCCCACCUGGAGGAGAAGCAGCGCGCCCUACCGCCCUCCCCUCGUGGGGCGUCGCUCGCAGCCAUGGCGUCCGUGGUGACGGCCCAUUUAGAUAUCCUCCUCUACUGGGGUCCCCGGGGGCGUUGA